AUGACGCGUCCCAAGACCAGGAGACUUCAAGAAGGAUUCAAUGAAGCUGUUGAGACCCUCCUCAACACCAUGUUCCUUGGAGAUUUGCUCAAUACCCCGCCGCCUAACAACUGCUUGAGGAACGACGUUAACCCCUUGAGCAACACCAUUGCCCUGGAACUAGCCUUAAUGGAGGAUUUUGCAAGCAUGAGCCUAGAGGAGGAUCACCCUCAUUUAAGGCACUGUAAGUCUAUUUACUUGGCAGGUAAUGGAGUUCAGAACAAGUCGGAGCUUGAGGACAUGAUCAAGACCCGCAAUGUAGCAGACAAGGAGCUUAAGGAACAUGAAGACGUUUUGGGAGCUACUAAAGAAGAAACACUUGAAGAUCUUCACCAAGUCAACUCUCAAGGCACUGAAGAGGAAGACUUCAUCAUUGGACCAGGAAGGAGUGGACCCGGACCAGACAAGCUCUACUCAACACCACCUCAGCUCAACUCGCGCCAAAAGCAGCAUUGUCUUACCAUCCUCAUCCACAGAUCUAAAGGAGAGAGCGUUAAAGCCAGCCUUCAGAUCCCAUCAGUCCAUCACGUGCCAUCAGAUCUAAGCCUCACCACCGAGUCUUACAUCAGAGAGUAUGGUGAGGACAUCAAGUCAUCAUCAGCUGAGGAGCACGGAAUCCAGAGCCCAGAGGAGGAGAGCAUGAACCUGAGGAGAGCUAAGGAGACAAGCAAGCUAUGUCUAGCUCAACUAGAGGCCGACAUCAAACAUCCAAGCUGA